GAACCCGAGCGAUGAGCUUGACAACCGUCACUUAGAAUCUCCAUCCUCAUAUCCCUCACAAUCAGUCAAAAUGGUUGCCGCUUGGAAAGCCGCUGGCUUAACUUACAACAAAUACCUUGCCGUUGCUGCGCGCGCGGUUCGCCGAUCCCUCAAGGACUCUCAACGUCUCAAUGCUGAGCGCCGCGGUCAAUCCGAUUUGAAGUUCGCCAAGUGGGAGAACGGCAAGCAGGGUGAAGUCAAGCAGCUCGUGGAUGCCAACGCCGAAUCACAAGCUACUCAAGCCGAGAAAUAAAUGCGAUGACGACGAACUACGAUUUCGAUGGUGAUUAGCAGGGGAAGAAGGAAAAUAACUCGUUUGUUCCGGCAAAAAGCGAAAGGAAAUGCUGGACGGAUGGAAGUGGGAUCGUUGUACAAUCUUAUUCUUGUAGCAAUAGUUGGAGAUUAUUUCUUUUGUCGAUCUCCAUGAAGAAAUAGAGUUCUUCUCAAUUUGAUUUCACUGUAAACUCUCAUG